GAAAGCGCGGGCCCACCGGGCUGGACCGCUUUCUGACUUCCCGCGCGUUCAGACUGCGGAGUAACCUAGGGAGCCUGGGGUUGUCAGCUGUGGCAGCACUCAUGGCUGGUCCCGUGUGGCGUGCUGCAGCAUUUGUGCAAAGACACAGAAAAAGCCUCUUGGUAGGUUCCUGCACAGGCCUAUUUGGGGUUCAGAUUUCAUACUACCUCUUCCCAGAUCCCAUGAUCCAAUGGCUGUACCAAUACUGGCCUUAUGGCCAGCCAGCGCCACUCUCUCCAAAGCUGCAACACCUCUUCCAGGAGGUGCUACAGGACAUAGGCGUGCCCUCGAGCCAUCGCUAUAAGCCCUUCACCACCUUCACCUUCCAGCCUGUAGUUGCAGGCUUCCCAAGACUUCCUGCUGGGGCUGUGGUGGGCAUCCCUGCCAGCUUCCUAGGGGGCCUAGUGACCAACACUGAUCAUCUUGUAGUUGUACACGGGCAGAGAGUAAACUGGCAGAGCCCAGCAGGUGCCCGGCUGAGAGAUGCGCUGACCCUGUCCCAUGAUGCCCAGAAGUUUGCUUUGGCCAGGGAGGUGGUAUACCUGGAAAGCAGUGCAGCUGCCUUGCAGGCCCUGCUGGCCCCAGCUUGCCUGGCAGGGACCUGGGCACUGGGCGUGGGUGCCAAGCAUGCCUUGGGUCUCUAUGGAGGCCCUAUGAGUUUACGGGCUGCCUUCAACUUGGUGGCAGCAGUGGUAGGCUUUGUGGUCUAUGCCUUCUCCAUGGACUCUCUCACUCAUUUCCUGGAAGCAUGGCAGGACCGUCGUACAGCCUCCCUCUCUGCAGCCUACGCCCAGGGCGGAGUAGAGUUCUAUGAGAAGAUUCUGUCAGGCAACCUGGCCCUGCGCAGUCUUUUGGGCAGGGAAGGGGAGAAGCUGUAUGCACCCAGUGGGAACGUCAUCCCCAGACACUGGUUCCGGAUCAAACAUUUACCCUACACCACCCGCCGGGACUCUGUGCUGCAGAUGUGGAGGCUGACACUGAACCCAGGUCGCUCCUGAUACGCUCACCAUGAGGACAGCUCCAGCUUGUGCAAGCACCAUGCUGCCAUUGACUCUGAGGGACUCUCUUGGUGCCUCUGCACCCACAACCCAAGGUCAGAAAAAUCACAGACUUGAGAAUUAAGUACCCCAGAUUCUACUUGACGAAUUCACCACACAUUAGCUCAUUGACUUUGGACAAGUCUCUUAAUGAAUCUGAGCCUUGGUUUCCUGAACUGUAAAGUGAGAAGAUGAUAUAAACUACCUCCAAGGAUUGUAGGGUUAGGUGAAAUCAAGAAUUUGAGGGCCAGGCAGAGAGGGCUGCCAUGAAUAAAUAGGAUGUUCCUCCUUCUUGGCCUUUGAUUGCCACUGGGCCGUGGGAGUCAGGCUACACCUUGCUACCAGAGGUUCUUUCAGUAUGUGAACACUUUUCAUGCAGCAGAGAACCACCCCUCAAUUGCCUGAUGGACCAAUCCCAAUUUUCCUCCCCUGUGGUAAAGGUUAAAAGGUUUAAGAGAGCACUAUGAGAAGUUAAUGGCCUGAGAGGCUAGUUUAAGGUGAGGCCUCUGCCAGGCAUGGUGGCCCAUACCUCUAAUCCUAGCACUCUGGGAGGCAGAGUUGGGAGGAUCACUUGAGGUCAAGAGUUUGAGACCACCUUGAGCAAAGCAAGACUCCCAUCUCUAAUAAAACUAGAAAAAUUAACCGAGUGUUGUGGCAGGUACCUGUAGUCUCAGGUACUGGGGUGAGGGAGCUGAGGCAGGAGGAUCUCUUGAACCCUGGACCUUGAGGUUACUGUGAGCUAGGCUGAAACCAUUGCGCUCUAGCCUGGGCAACAGAGCAAGGACUCUGUCUUAAAAAAAAGAGGUGAGGCCAUAAAGGCGUUGUGUCAUUUGAGGUCUAGCAAAUGUAGAUGCCACUCAGCAGAAACUAACACUGGGUGGAGGGGCAUCAGGAGCCGCGUGGACCUGAGGGGCAGGGAAGUAUUUCCAGAAUCUGUAAAGAAAACUUGUGGUUUGGCAGAGUUGGCUCGAGUUUUGCCUGAAGGUAGGGGAAGGCACACACCACUGCAAAACAGUCCUGCAGGGAGGGAGCCUCCUGGCACAGCCUUAGAGUGAUCAGCCUCCCUGGGCAUUUGACAUGGCCAGGACUUGGAAAGCAGAGGUGGUGAGGUGGGGGUGGGCUUGGCUCUUAGGGGGCAGUGGAGGUGAGCAGUGUACUGGGCCUGGUAUUCCCCUGGAGACCCAUGGGAGGCUUGUUUCCCUUGAGCUCUCUGGUGGUAGUGAGUGAUGCUUGGCCAGGGAGCCAGGCAAGCUGAGCUUCAUGGGCAUCUUUUCAUUGCAGAUUUUUUUCUCUGGGAGAGUUGAAGAAUUCAGGCCUGGCACCAGUGUAACUCAGGGCAAAGGGAUUAGGCCACAUACAGGGAAGGGUGCUCAAUGGUGGCAGGCAGCUCCUGGCAGGAGACCUAGAGAGGAAAGCAAACUAGGGAAGGGACCACAGGAUGCAACGGGUGGCACGCCUUCCUGCUGGGUUGCUCACCGUGGGCUAGAGCUCAGUUGUGUAUGCCAGCCUGUGGAUCCCCACCAUGGACAGGCUGGUUCCUGAGAGUGGCUGAUUCUCUUCUCUUGGAGGUCUCUGCUGCCUAGAUAGUUUUGGGGAUGUGCUUGAUGAGAAUUACAGGUGUGGGGAUGAGGUAGUGACUGCAUGGGCUCUAAGAAAUACUACUUCAAGGGCUCCUUGGGUAUUCACCCAGCUGCUAUACGUCAGGGGCCGCAAGACCAUGUGAGCUCCUCUCAUUCCUGAGCAGCAGGGCGUGGGGCCUGAAUUUGAUGGGCUACACCUUCUCACCCCCCCCCCCCUUUAUCUUCUCAGUACUGCAAGGAGCUGAGGUGGUGGCACAAGGCAUUCCUGUUGGGCUGCUCCAGUGUAGUGGUGUGUCUCUCUACUUCAAGUCACAGACUUUGUCUCUGCUAAUGGGCUGUUACAUACCACCACCCCCAACCAUGUGUGUGCACACCUGCAGGAAGCCUCUCCUCAUUGCACUGUUCUGUGCAAAGCCUGACUCAGGCAUCUCAGAUCCUCCCUCUGAGACCCCUCUUGACAGCUUGGCCUGUAGACCAGCAGCCUUUCUGGGGCCCUGCUGUGGCCCAGCAGUCCCUCUACCUCAAGAGUUUGAGACCACCUUGAGCAAAGCAAGACUCCCAUCUCCAUUUUCUAUAAAAAUAGAAAAAUUAUUAGCCACUGUGGCUGAUCAGCACCCAGCUAUGGUGCUUUCCCUUGCAGUGGCUCUUAGCUCAGUCCCCCUUUCUUCCUCUCCCCUGGGCUUCCUGGCUCUUCUCACAGCUCUUGGAAGUGUAGGUCUGAUUGGGCGGCUUUCUUCCUGCUUAAAACCCUUUAGGGACAUCGCCUUGCUUUCUGGCUAAAGCUCCCAUCUUCCACCCAUGUGGUAUCCCACUUCCUCCAGCUCUGCAGAUCCUAGCCUUAACUACUCUCCCUUCCUUCCGCACGUAGGCCUUGUGUUUGCUGUGUCCUUGUUCUGUGAUGCUGUCUUCUGACCUGCCCUAUACUGAGUUAUUUAGUGCUCCUGCUGCAGGAAUACCCAGGGACCUAAUUCCUUCAGCAUUGUUCCACCUGGGGCCCCUCCUCUAUCCCUUGUCAGAUCCCAGUUUAUGACCUGUCAUGUACCCUAGACCUCUUCCUAGCCCUCCUAACUGGUUAAGUCACAGUGGAGUUAAAGGUUUAGCAUCUUCUCUGCUGUAAAGUAUCUACAGUGUCAGGAUUAUGUGUCUUGUUUACAGCUCUGGACCGAGGCUCUCCAUGGUAUUUUUUAAUAAAUGAACAGGGCUCUAAUCUACAUCACAUACAGACAGCCCCAGCUCCCUAAAAUCUCAAAUUACAGUAAGGCUGGCUAGAUGCCCUGGAUGAAGCCAUUGUGAAGUAUGUCUGACCCUGUCCUGUCUUAACUUGCCAAAGUCAGGGAUCAUCCCAAAUCUGAUUGCCUUCAGUGGGGAAAUCAGGACUCUCUGGGUCACUUCCUGUAGGGCACAGAUUACUGCACAGGGUGCCAGGGACUUGCAAGGCUUUAGGAGGGCUUUGUGACAUCUUGUGCCCCUACACACAGAUUGGGGGCUUGAUACCAGAAAGGUUAAAAAACGUGCUCAAGGGUGGCGCCUGUGGCUCAGUGAGUAGGGUGUUUGGGUUCAAACCCAGACCCCGCCAAACUGCAACAAAAAAAUAGCCGGGCGUUCUGGCGGGCGCCUGUAGUUCCAGCUGCUUGGAAGGCUGAGGCAGGAGAAUCACUUAAGCCCAAGAGUUGAGAGUUAGAGGUUGCUGUGAGCCAUGUGACAUCAUGGCAUUCUACCCGAGGGCGGUACAGUGACACUCUGUCUCUACAAAAAAACAUGUUCAAGGGCUGUGCAGGUGAGCCAGGUGGCAGGAAGUUACUAUGUAAAUGUCACCCUGCGUCUUUCCUUUUCAGAUGCCCACUGUGUGCCACAAUCAUCAGCUCUCUGUCCUGAAUCCCUAGAGAACAUUUUUCUACUGGCUUAGGUCCUGCUUCCCCUCAUCCUGAGUUUGUGGUUCUCUGGGUAAAAAUGUACAACAAUGCCCAGCAUCCCAGAAUAAUCAUGCACAGACCCAGACCAGGCUGACCUACAGAGAGCUAUAGCAACACUGAAAGACCACCCCUUCACGCUGCACGUAUGCGCAUGCACAUCCAGACACAGGAUACAGGGAAGGGAGUCCCAGAGUCAUGGCUCCAGCGUGCACAUCCCUGACUCUGUCUUCACCCUUGGCCACCAUGCAGGACCCCACUUGGAGCUAGACACACACGUGGAACCUGAUCCCCAUGUGUGCAUAGGUCACAGACUGAGUUCCAGAUGGAUGUGCAGGUCCCCACCCAGAGGGCCUACCACCUACCAGGUGCCUUUAUUAUGCACCUGACUCUACACUGCGCUCUUAGAGACAUUUUUUCACUUAUCCCCAAUUGGGGCAUGUAGUUGGUGAUAGUUCAAUUUUAUAGGCAAGGAAAAGAGCACAGAAAAGUGAAGAAAUUUGCCCUAAAUCAUAAAGCUUUAUAAGUGGCAGUAUAAGGAUUUUAAGCUGGCAGUCUGGCUCCAUAUACCAUUCACAAAAUACUAAAUUUAUACUGGCCCGUUUACCCUAAAGUUUCAUACUAUACCAUGAAUUCUACAGGCCUUCUCAUGCUGCUUUAGAGGUAACGUUUCAGGCUCGUUUCAUUAGGAAGAAAUGGUCACUGAGCGGAAAUUCCAAGGAGACCCUUCCAGCUUACUGAAGAGGAGGGGACACCUAGCCUAUCUAGUGCUGAAGUGGGAAUGGGGCAGAGGGCAGGGUGUCACGAAGCUCUAAGAGGCACUAAUGAGGACAAAGGGGCCUUAGGAGGCAGGGAGUAGGGGGGCAGCCAGCCAUGGCUUCAAAUCUUGGCACUACCAUUCUGGCAGAGUGACCUCAAAUAUGUGAUUUCAUACUUCUGGUCCUGAGUUUCCUAUCUAUGAAGUGGGGAUAUUUGUAUGUAUUUUGUAGGAUUGUUUUGACGAAGAAAGAGAAAGUUUGCAAAAUAUGGAGCCUGGUGAGGGUAUAUAGUGGACUUUAAAGGAAGAUUGAUGUCCUAAAUUUUAGUGCUUUUAAAUGGCAUAAAUUGUUCAUUUGGCACUCAAAUGCCAGUAUUUGCUUAGGACUGGAACUAUCCCAGAGAAUUCACUGGUGCCCUAAUACAGCUUUAUUUUAAAGCCUUUCAAAGCUCCAAUUGGGGCAGUUUUCCAGGUUAAUAUCAGUUGGCAUCUUUACGAAAUGACUUAAUACUUUAUGGCAACUGAGAACAGAGGACCCAGGAUGGCUUUAGGGGAGAUGCUGGGCAUUGAAGUGGGAGAUGGUCUUUUACACUUUCUAUACUAGUAAUUUUUAAAUGCUAAAAUAUUGUGUUGAUAAAGUUGUGGUAAUACUGGUAAAACAUGCUCUUGGUGGUAUCUUUGGUGGGCAACCUCUAAGAUGGCCCGCAGUAAUCCCUGGUCCUUGUGUUCUUGGUUUUGGGUAAUAAUCCACUUCACUUGCUCCUCUCGGUUCUGAGCACUAGAAUACAGCAACAUUGAGGGGAAGUCAGUUCUGUGAUUAAGUUACAAAAGACGUUGACUUCAUCUUAGUGGACUGUUGUCUUCUCUUCUUGGUUUUACAUGUCUUAUCUUGAAACAUGUUGCCUUGUCGAAGAGGCCCACUUGGCAAGGAACUAAGAGUAGCCUCUGACCAACAAGUAGUUAAGAGCUGAGGCCCUGUGUCCAACAGGCUAUGAGCAACUGAAUUCUGCCAACACCUCUGUGAGCUUGAAAGAGAAUCUUUCCUGGGUCAAGCUUUCUGAGGUCCUAGCCUCAGCCAACACCUUGAUUGCAGACUAUCAGCUAAACCAUGCCUAGAUUCCAGACCCACAGAAACAGUGAGGCAAUAAAUGUAUGUUGUAGUAAGCCACCAGGUAUUGUAACUUGUUAGGUAGCAGUAGAUAACUAAUAUUUAAUUGACAUAAUGUUUUUAGCAAGCAGUUGACAAAACUUGAUCUAAUCACAAAGCUACCUUUUGAUUAACUUCAAAUCUAGAUUUUUCCUAUGGCUAUAAUCCAACAGAAAUACUUUAUGCCCAAAGAGGUACAUAAGAACAUGAGGUAUAAAUUUAAGAAAUACUAAUUUGAAUUAAGGAAAUGUUGAAUAGCAGUGACUUAAGAAAUUGUGGUACAUCCACUUGUUGAAUAUUGUUGAGCCAUAAAAAAAUCAUUAUGAAGAUUAUGGUAGAAGCAUGAGGAAAUAUUAGUUAUAAAUGUCAAAUUUUUAAAAAUUAUAUGAGAUACUGUCUGCAUGGGGAAGGCAAUAAUGUAAAUGUGAUAAGACUUGGGAGGGAAUUCAUAAAACUGAAAGUAAUUCUGUUAAAUGAUGGAAUUCUGAAUGACCAUCCAAGCCAUAAGGAUUUAUCACUAUAUACCUUUACAGUCAUGCAUUAUUUAACAAUGGGGAUAUGUUCUGAGAAAUGUGAUGUUAGAUGAUUUUGUCGUUGUAUGAACAUCCUAGAGCGUCCUUACACAAACCUAGAUAGUACAGCCCACUACACACCUAGGCUAUGUGGUAUAGCCUAUUGCUCCUAAGCUACAAACCUGCACUGCAUGUGCCGUACUGAAUACUGUAGACAACAAUAACACAAAGUAAGUAUUUGUGUAUCUAAACAUAGAAAAGACCCAGUAAAAAUACACUAUUACAGUCUCAUGGGACCACCAUCAUAUAUGUGGCUA